GUAAAAUCUCCUUGGCAACAACUUGUUUUUGUAUGGCGGCGGUUCGAACCGCAGGAUCCUUUUAAAACCAAUUACACUCGAGAUUUUGAUGUUUAAUCUUUCCAGAAAGAGAAUUUAAUGAACUUGAUUUUCUAUAUCUUGAUGCAUUCUCACUGUGUAUCUCUAUUUUCUCCUCCUAUUCACUACAGUGGGAGAGUUGUGGGUCAGACAUAGAGGCCUUCGUUUGCUUUGCCGGGAUAAAUCUGAAUAUUCUGUUGAGCACUGUACCCAUAUUUUUUUUGAUCUGUAGAGUUCCAUUUUUUCUCUCUGCAGUCUCGGCGGGCUUGAAUAGACAAUUUUUAAUUACAGUUUUGAGCCAACUACUUUAUUUUCUGGAGCGAGAUUUUGUGCGAAAAAUAACUCAAUUCUCUGCAUAGUUUCCAUGACUACAAAUGUUUUCGCUCAGAAGCUUUGACUGAAGCUUUUAACAACUCUCAUGAGACACAGUUUUUGGAUUCGCAGAGUCGAUCUUAGCAACUGGAUUAGUAUACUAUUACUAUAUCUAAAUUAUAUGAGCAAUGGAGGAGAAGAUUUACUGUUAACAUGGAGUUCAAAAGUAGAGGAAUUGGUUGAUGAAGAUAAAACAGAAGAAGCCAUUAACCUUCUCAAUGAUGUUAUUGCAAAACUUGAAAUCCUUGAUGAUGCUCACACUAACCUCACCCUUUCUGCUGCAUGCAAUGACAUUGGAAGAUUAUAUACCAAAGGUGGCUUUUCGGACAAGGCUGAUUCCUUCUUCACCAAAGCAUUUCUCAUUAAACAGGAAGCGCAACAACAACAGUCUGUUAAUUUCAGGAAUGAGAUUAGUGUGACCUCCAGAACACCAGCUAAUGAAGAAAUUGAAAAUUCCAAAGGAAUUACAAUAAGCGAAGCAUCAAGUUCAACCUCUUUAGAGGAAGAUUGGGAGGCCAUAGCUGAUCAAUCUCUGAUGCAAUCGAGUUCUUCACAAGUCACUGUGGAGGUAUCAAAACUCUCUUUAGAGAAUCAAUCUCUGGCUCCAAAACAGCAUGGAAGGGGAGCAUUCACUUAUGGACAGCGUUCUCUUUAUAGUGAUGAAACAAAUGAAAUCACAAAGAAAGAAAGUAUGAUGGAUCAGCCUUUGGAUGGAGAUGCCAACCAACUUCAUACAAGAGUAGAUUUGAAAUAUGGUACAAGUCACGUUGUUGUGGUUUGUGGGUUUUCUCCAAAGAUUCCAACAAGGGAGUUGGAGCAUUUGUUUGAAGCAUAUACAAAUCAUGGAGUUGUGAUUCGCCGAGUAAAUGAUACAGUUGCACUAGCAGUUUUUAGGAAUCCCGCUUCCGCUCGUGAAGCACUUAAAAGUAUUCAUAGUCAAUAUAAUAUCCGUGCAUUGGAUGAUGAUGACAGUCUUCUAAGCUCACUUUCUGCUAAAGAUUUGGAACCUCCCUUUCCAAGACCUAAGACAUCUGCAAGAACUGCACAAAGAAUAAUUAUGGGAGCUCUGCAAAGCCAAGGACUUGUGCAAAAAUCACACAUCAAAUCCAGUUAUAGUGAUAUCAAAAAACAGGAGGAGGAAAGAAGGAAUAGGAUACUUAUGAGACAGAAGUUGCGAGAUGAAGCUUGGGGUCCAGAUGAUUAGGAAUAAUAUGGUGAAGGGAUUCUAUCCCAGUUUCAAGGGAUGAAAAUGAAAGUUGCACAGUGGAUGGCUAGGGAUCCAUUUUAUCACUAUUUCAAGUAAUUACUAUACAAAAGUAUUGGCCACUAGCUACAUGCAAAGAAAGGUUUUUUUGUUUAUCUGUAAAAAUGCUGAGAUUAUUUCUGUUUUUUUUGUUUAUCUGUAAAAAUGCUGAGAUUAUUUCUGUUUUAAUAUUUACUUGAAAGUUUUUUUCAUAAGAUUCUUGUGAUCGUAGAUAUAUCUUGAACAUUGGCUUUUUCACCAAGCAUGAUGUAAUUUACGAUAGCAUAGUUUAUUUUUACAUCA